AUGAAGUCCGAUAACCCACCUACUCUUGAGCUCAAAUCCGCCCUUGCAAUCCGCUCAAAGGUUGUAUCGGUUGCAUCAUCCGAUGUCGUUCCCCAAUGCCCGCCCUCUUGUCCAAGUAUAAUGGACAGAAUUAUCUCCUUAUCGCCAGUUCCGACUAUUGUUUUGGACCCUUCCUUCAAUAUCGUCGAGAUAUCUCGCAGCCAACUUGACUUUUGUGGGCUCCCCCGCGAUGAGUGCAUCGGCGCCAGCGUGUAUGACCUCCACCCCUCCAAAAUCCCCGUGACCAGCACCGAUGAACUUCGAAGAGGAAUCGACAAGGCGAUCUUGCUCAAGAGCGCCUGCAAAAUUGAUAGCAUUGAAGUGGACUCGCACGCUUACUACUGCAAUUUGCGAAUCUCACCUGUCUUUGAAAACGACUCCCUCAUCUAUGUUACGCUGGAGAGCUGCGAUAUUACAAAGCUACACAGCGCGGGCGAUGGCGUCAACCCGUCUCUCGACUCGCCAGAUGUCUACAAGCAGCUGAUCGACAGCGUUAAGCAUGUUGCGAUCUUCAUGUUGACACCUGAAGGGAUUGUGGCUACCUGGAAUGGAGGAGCUUCGGCCCUCAAGGGUUACACUACAGAGGAAAUUAUCGGGCAGCAUUUUUCAGUAUUUUACUCUGCGGAGGACCGUAUGAAAGACAAGCCACGCAAAGAGCUUGCCAAAUGCAUAUUGGAUGGCAAGCUAGAGGAUGAGGGUUGGCGUGUUCGCAAAGACGGCUCCAAAUUCUUUGCCAACGUUGUCAUCAGCCCCGUCUACCGCUUCAACGUCUUGAUCGGCUUCAGUAAAAUCACGCGCGAUAUAACAGAUAGGAAGGAAACGGAGGACCGCUUGAUCGCCGCCUACGAAGAAUCCGCCAAGCUCAAGUCCGAGUUUUUGGCUCAUAUGAGCCACGAAAUCCGCACCCCGAUGCACGGAAUGCUCUCUGCCCUGACCUUGCUUAAAGACACUGGGUUGACUACUAAGCAAUGCGAAUUUGCUGAGAUAGUAGAGCGUUCAGGAUCCAUCCUCCUGCGUGUCAUCAACGAUGUUCUUGACUAUUCCAAGCUCUCCUCUGGAACAUUCUCCCUCAAUUCAGACCUGUUGAACGUACGAGAAAUCCAAAAUGUUUCGCUCCAACAGUGCAGGAACUUGUUAAAGCCUGGGGUGACGCUGACGUCCGAAAUAGCCGAGGAUAUACCAGAAUUCUGCAAAGGUGACCCUACGCGGUAUCAACAGAUACUCCAGAACUUACUUGUGAACGCGGCCAAGUUUACCGAAUCCGGGUCGAUCCACGUCACGGCUGUCCUAAAGGAUGACAAGGGAUCAGCCCUCCAUAUUUAUACUGAAGUUAUCGAUACGGGAAUUGGGGUGCUUUCUGCCACUGCGAAACAUCUUUUCGACCCUUUUGCUCAGUCUCUCAGCGAAACCGGCGAGCAUUACCAAGGAACCGGCCUCGGACUAGCGAUCUGCAGAAAUCUAGUUGACCUUAUGGGAGGCUCAAUCGGAUAUCAUCCCAACAAAAGCGGACGGGGUUCCAUCUUUUGGUUUUACGUGCGAUUAGGGAAAGUGAGCAUGGCGUCCAGUUCGAGUGAUUCGGAAGAAUGCUCUCCGGCCACGGUGGAGCCGAUUGAGGAGCUCAGAACCAUUGCUUCCGGUAAGCAACUUAUGUUGGUCGAGGACAACAAGAUAAGCCAAGCCGUCAUGCUAAAGUUAUUGAACAACUUGGGCUUUGAGAGAAUCGACGCUGCUUAUGAUGGUGCCCAAGCGUUAAAACUGCUGCGGGCGAAACCGUUUUCCUACCACGCCGUUUUGAUGGAUAUCAACAUGCCCGUCCUUGAUGGCGUGAAAACCACCAUGGAGAUACGGAACACGUUGAAACUUGAUGUCCCUAUCAUCGCGAUGACAGCGAAUGCCCUAAAGGGUGAUGCGGAAUCAUAUUUGUCAAAGGGGAUGGACGGAUACAUCGCUAAACCAGUAAAUAGGAACCUCCUGGUGAAGAACUUGUUACUGGUCCUGAAAUGA